UGUGAGAAGACUUUGAAAGAAAGCCAUUUCUGAGGAGAUUAAGAAAGGAAUCUUUUGUUGAAAAGCCGGGACGUAAAGCUUAAGAGCCUACCCAUUUCUGGAGCACUAUAUGGCAUCAGUUUUUCAAGAAUAUUAUUCAUUUGCAAAAGCAAUAGAUGACAGCACUAGCCCUGCCAUGUAUUCCUCCAGAUGCCUACCUAGGUCAGAAAUUACAUUCUAAAAAAAAAAGUAAAAGCAGAACUGCACAUCUUGACCGUCCUGCUGCAGGAGUUUAUCUACUGGGUGGUGAGGAAGUGAGGGAGCCUGUGAAUUAAUAACCACAAAAGAAGACAUCUAAGCUUUCAGAUUAUAUGACAGUUCCAUAAACUGUGAAAGCCAUGAAUUUGAUUUUUUUCAAAAAUAUCUUAAUCUUUACAAUCCUGCAACUGAUAUUUUCAUUUAUUUUGUUCUCUCUAUUUUAUUAUACUGACAAACACAAAAAAGAAACAUAUAAAGUAGACAAUGAAACAACAAUAACUUCUUCAAAACUUGAGUCAUCUUUGAUACAAGUUAAGCCUCUUAUUAUUCUCCUUUGGACAUUGCCCUAUCGGUUGCAGAUCGCACUCAACCAGUGCCCUUAUCCCUUUGACACAUCUGGUUGUUUCUACACAGUUGACCGCACUUUAUACACAGAAGCUGAUGCUGUUAUUCUGUAUCACAGAGAUGUAUGUAGCUCUAGAGAACAAUUGCCCAAAAUGAAAAGACCCUCAAAACAAUAUUGGAUUUGGUUCAAUUUAGAGUCUCCAUCUCGCAGUUCCAAUCUCUCAUUAAUGGAUAACCUCAUCAAUCUCACCAUGACUUACCAGGCAGACUCUGAUAUCUUCACUCCUUAUGGAUGGCUGGAGAAGCAUGACUCACAUGAAAAUUUUACAAUUCCUUUAAAGAAAAAACUUGUAGCUUGGGUUGUUAGUAACUGGAAUCCAAACUACCGGAGGACCAAAUACUAUUUGGAGCUUAAAAAAUACAUUGAAAUAGAUAUUUAUGGUCAUGGCAAGAUGUUGCUUCCUAGGAAUAAACAAAGAAUGAUUCUUUCUACGUACAAGUUCUAUCUGGCUUUUGAGAACAGUAUCCAUAAAGACUAUAUUACUGAAAAACUAUGGUAUAAUGUAUUCAAUUCAGGAACUGUGCCAGUGGUAAUGGGACCUCCUCGUGCUAACUAUGAGCGUUUUCUACCCCCAGAUUCAUUUAUACAUGUAGAUGAUUUUCACAGCCCUAAGGAACUGGCUUCUUAUCUUCUGGAGUUAGAUAAGGAUGAUAAAAGAUACCAACAAUAUUUCAACUGGAGGUCUAAAUUCAAGCCAGUAGGAAAUACUAGUUUUGCAACCCACUACUGUAAAGUAUGUAAAGCAUUGAAAGAGGCCCCUGUGUAUAGAACUAUUCCAAGUAUUGACAAGUGGUUCAAGUAAUGUAAUCACCAAUGUGUUGUUUUUUUUAUUGCUACACUGGUCCACACAUUAAUAAUCAUCAACUUUGGUAAAGUACAAACUUGAUAUUUUAACUAAACACAACAUUUUAAAACUCUACAUGCUAUAGGAUUAAAUAAGGAUUAUGACCUACAUUUGUUUUUAUAAUUUUCAAACAUACAUAUAUAUGUAUUUUUAAUUAUCCGUGAAAUUUGUUUUUAAUAGAUACAUUUAUUUGUUCCCAUAAUCUGACUAUCAUUCUCAUCAGUAGCCUAAUUUAAAUAACAAAAAAGUGAAAGGAAAAAAAAUGAUAUUACAUCUCUACUAGAUGGCGAUAGUUAAAGGGACAUAAAACCCAAUUUCUUUUCUUUCAUGAUUUAGAUAGAACAUCAAAUGUUAAACAACUUUCUAAUUUACUUCUAUUAUCAUAUUUUCUUUGUUUUCUUGUUAUCCUUAUUUGAAAAGCAGAAGUGUAAGAUCAAGAGUGUGCACGUGUCUGCAGAACUAUAUAGCAGCUAUAUAGGCCCCUGUGUAUAGAACUAUUCCAAGUAUUGACAAGUGGUUCAAGUAAUGUAUUCACCAAUGUUUUUUUUUUUUAUUUUAUUAUUGCUACACUGGUCCGCACAUUAAUAAUCAUCAACUUUGGUAAAGUACAAACUUGAUAUUUUAACUAAACAUAUUUACUAAAGUGUGAACUGACUUUAAAGUUGCACAAUUCCAGUGACUGAAAAAACAUAUGUUGAAAAUGAUGCCAUCUAUUAGAAACAUAUUUUAGUGCAGUAUUUUAAAAACACACAAUCAGAAAAACAAAUAGCUUAUGGCUAAUGUCUUCAUUGGAUAUUAAUAUCCGAUAAACAAAUGUUGUUCCUAAAAAAUAAAAGCACAUAAAAAAAUAAAAGCACUUUUACUUAAACAACACACUUACUUAAAAUACAUAAUAUAUAUAUAUAUAUUUAAAUUACUGGUAGAAAAGAUAAGAAGAGUUUAAGUAGUAGGCAGAAUGAGGGAAAAGAGGAGAAAAAGACAGUCUUAUCCAGCACUAAACUAUUAUACAACAAUUAAUAUUACACUUAAAGGGUUAAAUCUGAAACUGGCACUGGUAAUUUUCUUGAAUAAUUAGGUAAAAUACAAAGUGAAGGGGGGCGGAGCCUGGCGACGCAGGAAGAUGGCUGCUUGAACCUCGGCUCUUAAAGGGACAGUCUAGGCCAAAAUAAACUUUCAUGAUUCAGAUAGAGCAUGUAAUUUUAAACAAUUUUCCAAUUUACUUUUAGCUCCAAUUUUGCUUUGUUCUCUUGGUAUUCUUAGUUGAAAGCUUAACCUAGGAGGUUCAUAUGCUAAUUUCAUAGACCUUGAAGCCCACCUCUUUCAGAUUGCAUUUUAACAGUUUUUCACCACUAGAGGGUGUUAGUUCACAUAUUUCAUAUAGAUAACACUGUGCUCGUGCACGUGAAGUAAUCUGGGAGCAGGCACUGAUUGGCUAGACUGCAAGUCUGUCAAAAGAACUGAAAAAAGGGGCAGUUUGCAGAGGCUUAGAUACAAGAUAAUCACAGAGGUUAAAAGUAUAUUAUUAUAACUGUGUUGGUUAUGCAAAACUGGGAAAUGGAUAAUAAAGGGAUUAUCUAUCUUUUAAAACAAUAAAAAUUCUGGUGUAGACUGUCCCUUUAAGCCCCACACCGGAAAUGAAUUUAAUAAUCUGGUAAUAGGCAGCAUAUUUAAAGAUUAAAUAGGGCAGAAAACAUGUUUGAACAGCUAGCAGCAGCUUAUCUCACACUGCAAAACGCAGCAAUUCCCAUAUGAAGUUCCGGAGCAUUUGCGGCCUAACCAGAGCUGAAGCCUCACCCCAGAUACAUCACAUCCAGAUCGGAUACCGGAGGCUUAGAGAGGAGCGCUAGAUCAGAGGAGGCACACCAUAAAGCACUGAGCCGUACACCACACGCGGCAAUCAGGUGUCGCGGUGAUCGGGUGAGACCUAGGCGCUUACUGAGAGAGCAGGGAGCGGGCGGCCCUCAGACUGAGUUACGGCAUAAACGCACAAACGGCAAAUACCCAUUGUUGGCUCAGCUCACACGAGAAAAGAAAAAUAUGAGCAUCGGCAGGAGAGACCACAUAAUGCCCCCAAAUACCUGACAAGUGAAGGUACGACAGCAACUGGGGUCAAACGCACAUGGGAUAAGUGCACAAACACAUAGCAGAGAGUGCUGAUUAGUAAAUAACCAUAUAGUUUGGGAGGCCAUAGCUCAAUAUAUAUUAACUACGAACAGCCGCUUGCAUAAACAUAAAGAACUUUACUCACUUCAACGGCAGCACUGUAAAAACAUUUUACUUAGCACCCCAGCAAUGAGCAGGAGAAUACAAUGACGCCAAUAAACAAACAGCUACACAAGCAAGGGGUGGGCUAUACUUGGGGGAAAAGACAAAUAUUUGGUUAAAUACAGCACAGAAGUGCCUUGGUUCUGGGGGAUUUUAAAUAGUGCACGCCAUUAGCCCAAAGCUGCAUGAUGUCGGCCAGAAAACGCAACAAAAUAGAUAAAGGCCCAAAGAGCACGGGCCUAGACAGCUUUCUCAGGCCAUCUACUUCACGGACAGAGACAACAAGUACAGACAUAACAACAGCUAUACCAUCAACAAUAAAUGAAGAUUUCACGUCUGACUCCCUACACACAGAGCCUCUGACUCGAGAAGAUCUCAAUGUUAUCUCCUCAAAGGCAGACAUAAACGCCGUCUUAACAGAAAUGAGAUCUCUGUUUGGCGAUUUAAAGAAAGAUCUCCAACAGGUCAGCCAACAGGUCCAAACUUUGGAGAACAAACAUGAAGCCUUACAGCUGCAGGUCACUUCUAACUCCCAACAAAUGCAAGACCAAGAAGAGAACAUACAAUUCCUGCUGUCCAAAGUCGAAGACUUAGACAACAGAGGAAGAAGGAAUAACAUGCGAAUCAGGGGUGCCCCUGAGACAGUAGGGAACACUGCCCUAGAGGGUUACCUGCAGGCGUUAUUCAGAACGAUAAAGGGCACGCAAAGCUCAGCAGAUGUACCACUAGAAAGGGCACACAGGGCCCUGCGACCAAAGCCUCCCCCCAAGGCACCCCCAAGAGACAUUAUAGUUAAAUUUUUAAACUACAAAGACAAAGACGCCAUCUCCCAAAAACGAGAGCCCUCAAAGAGGUGAUGCAUGCAGGCAUGCCCAUACAAAUCUUCUCAGACCUGAGUCAAAUCACUUUACAAAAACGAAGAGAACUCAGGUUCAUCACAAGUGAACUUCAAUCAAACAGAAUACAGUAUAAAUGGGGAUUCCCAGUGAGCAUAAUUGCUACGAGAAAUGGAACACAUGCCAUUUACAGGACACCAUCUGAUCUACCGAAUUUCUGCAAAGCAUUGGACAUUAACAUACUGAUGCCAGAUGGAGGAAUAAGCGCCUCACAGGAUCAAAACAAAUAGACUGACAGAACUGUGGAAAGACUAUCAUAACUUGGAAGGUCUUCUGUACCUCGCAUUCUUUCCACAACAACCCCUUAAGAGAACUUUGCUGGGUAUGGUUUAUUGUGUUUUAUUUUAUAUAUCUGUUAUGUUUAACUGUUUGAAUUUAUAUGUUUAGUAUACAAAUAAGAAAAAUGUAUCUGUUCUUAACCGCACAUCCCUAAACCAAUAUAAUCACCAUUGAGGCGCCAUAUGGAUAUAUAUGGAUGACCACCUUUAGUCAUUAAAUUAGAAUGUGUAAUAAUUAACAUUUUGUAAAUGUCAUAUUUCAGAAGACCCCAUUAGCUCCAUAGUUACACUGCUAAGUGAUGUCAUUCCAUGUCUUGCAAAUAUGUAGCCUUUAAUAUAGACAAAUGGACUGCAUAAUUUGCUGCUACGUUUUAUACACUUUACUAUGUACAUUUUAUUUUUCUUUUCAUAUUUAACAUCCAAUGUAUAUGAAUAUAUGAUCCUAUUACCUUACAUUGAAAAAUACUAACGUUUUCGGGUGUGGGGAUACUGAUCCCAUAUUCUUUUGCUCUACUUAACCUACUAAAUACUGAUACAACCGUGAUAGGUUGCUUUUUCUUUGAUUAUCUACCCUUCUUUUCUCCUCUCCUUCUGCUCCUUUCCUCUCUCCCAUUUCCCUGAGCUAUCCAAAGCUCCCCCUCCCCUGUCAACACCUACUUCAGCUAUACUAGUGACCUCUGUUAAAGUACAUCAGACCCGCUAGGCUUGCAUACAUACCUGAGGACAGGGACUCUUGGGGAAUACUCCUGUUUUCUCACAUACCUUCUUCUGUAUUUACAGCUGAAUCUCUCCAUACAGCGCCCCUCCUCCUCUAAAACCUCUACGACAAAAUGCAUUCACACAACGUACAUGACCUGACGAUCAUGACCCUAAACACCAAAGGGCUUAACAUUCCGGAAAAAAGAUUGCAUCUAAUUAGAGAUGCCAACAGACUUCAUUGUAAUAUACUAUUCAUCCAAGAAACCCAUUUUAAGAAGGGCGGAGAGCCUACUUGGCACAACCCUAAAUUCCCAACCUCUUACUUUGCUUCAGGCUCCACUAAAAAAAAUGGGGUGGGUGUACUAAUUGACCGCACUACCCCCUUCUCCCCACUACACAUAGAAAGAGACACGGAGGGAAGGUACCUAAUAAUGGUAGGCAGGCUGCAUAACAAAAUGGUCACUCUGGUCAACACAUAUUUCCCAAAUCAACAUCAAAAUAAGUUUAUGACCUCCCUUACUAACAAAAUCCUGGAACUAAAAAAAGGUGCACUGAUUAUCAAUGGAGACUUUAACUUUCCACUGGAUCCACAGCUAGACACAUCUAGAGCAACAGCAUCCAUCUAAAAAAAAAUAUAAAACAGUGUAAUGCCAGAUUAGAGGAACUAGCGGUCCAUGACACAUGGAGAAUACUACACCCAAUACAACGAGAUUACACUUUCUUCUCACAUCCACAUGACCUUUUCACAAGAAUAGACUACAUUUUUACAGACCAAUCUACACUAGUACUGGUUACAAAAGCACAAAUUUUGCCUAUGACAUGGUCUGACCAUGCUCCGGUUCUGUGCAAGUUGAGGUGGCCCACUAUCCCUAAUUAUCCCUUCAUCUGGAAACUCGAUGACUUUUUGCUAAGUGGCCAAAUUACCAAAACCCAGAUCGAAAAUACACUUAAGGAAUAUUUCCAACAUAAUAAUACAAGGGAUUGGAUUCACCCUCACAUAUAAUAUGGGAAGCACACAAGUGUGUCCUCAGGGGAGAACUCAUCAAACAGAAGGCCCUGCUGUCAAAGCAAAAGAGGAUUAAGUACUCUGCCACAUCAUCCAAAAUACAUGACUUAGAAGUGAAACACAAAAAAACGCCCACAGACCCCUUAAUUAAAAAUGAACUCCAAAAGGCACAAAUAGAAUUACAAAACCAACACCUAAUCGACCACCAAAAACAGCACUGAGACUGCAACAAAAAUACUUUGAAUAUGGAGAUAAACCAGGCAAACUCCUAGCCAGAGCCAUCAAAAGGAAACAGCUUAAAACUCAUAUCCAUAACAUUAGAAAUAAGCACAACCACACAUGCUCAGAUAGUUCGGUAAUAGUGGAGGUAUUGCGAACAUAUUACCACACGCUUUAUAACAUACAAAACGCAGGGGACAUUCGAGGAGACAGGGACGGAAGCCACAUAAGCAUAGAAACCGACAAAUACCUAGACUCACUUACAUUCCCUUCACUAACAUGAGAGGAGACAGAUGAGUUAGAGAAACCUAUUACAGCAGAAGAGGUGGCACACACUGUAGACGCACUGCCUGCAGGCAAAAGUCCGGGCCCCGACGGCUUCAGCGCUAAAUAUUACAAGACCUUUAAGCACAUACCAUCACCACACUUAGCAUCUUUAUUUAAUACGAUAGAUGACACUCAGGGGUUCCCAUCUUCUAUGUUACUGGCUCAUAUCACCACUAUCCCGAAGCCUGGCAAACCGCCUAACUGCCCAGAAAAUUUCAGGCCGAUAUCAUUAUUGAACAUUGAUCUAAAAAUUUAUGCCAAAAUUCUCUCGAAUAGAUUAAAUAAAUUCCUGCCAAAAUUGAUAUCCCUUGACCAGGUAGGUUUUGUCCCUGGAUGAGAAGCCAGGGAUAAUACUAUCAAAGUCACCCUCCUUGCAAAUUAUGUACAGAAUAAUAACAUACCAACCGUCUUUAUAUCUAUGGACGCAGAAAAGGCCUUCGACAUUGUCAGCUGGUGAAUCUGGGCCAGAAUUUCAUAAACAACGUCUUUUCCCUGUACUCCGCUCCUUCUGCACAGGUUAAAACUAAUGGCAUCCUGUCAGACUCUUUCCCUAUCAACAACGGCACCAGACAAGGGUGCCCAUUAUCACCAUUAUUGUUCGCACUGACAAUAGAAGUACUGGCCCAAAAAAUUAGAGAUAAUGGGAAGAUAACAGGGAUUACCAUUGACAAUCAGGAACACAAGCUGUGUCUAUAUGCAGAUGACGUAUUAUUGACUAUCACAAAUCCCCUGACCUCACUACCAGAGAUUCUUCACGAAUUUGAAGAAUAUGGCAAGGUGUCAAAUUUCCACUUGAAUCAAUCCAAGUCGGAAAUUUUGAAUAUAAACCUCUCACAGGAGGAAUUAUCCCAAUUAGCCGGUAAAAGUAACUUAAGGGUCCAAACUCGCUCACUUCGGUUAACUGUUUGAAUUUAUAUGUUUAGUAUACAAAUAAGAAAAAUGUAUCUGUUCUUAACCGCACAUCCCUAAACCAAUAUACCGUAUUUUUCGCUCCAUAAGAUGCACUUUUUCCCCCCUCAAAAGUAAGGAGAAAUGUCUGUGCGUCUUAUGGAGCGAAUGCAGGCCACACAGUGUUUUGGAGUAUACGGUAAUUUUGCUGAGAGCAUUGCAGUGCACAUUGAUUCUGAAUGUAGAGAGCGCAAUGCUAGUGAACAGUAACACAGCCAGGGCAGGAGGGGCCGGGCUCCAGAGCCGCACUAACAAAGCUGCUAUGCUAUGCAGCAGUGGUGGGGGCACUUUUUCCCCUUAAAUUGGAGCAAAGCACGCAUUUCAGCCCCCCAUGAUUCAACAGUGCACUGGCCAGGGGAUGAGUGCUAUUGGUGCUUGAAGUUUAGAGCGGGUGAAUCAGGUGGCAGGAAAUCCUCACAGCGCCUGCACUUGUGUUUGGGUGGUGAGCUGAGGGUCGGGACAGCACCUAAGAGCAGCAGAGCAGUGACUGAGGUUAGUAAAGAAUGCCUGGAUACUAUUUGAUUUUCUUGGGAGUUAACAUUUUUACUUUUAGACACUUUUUUUGCAUUGUGGUUCCGAAUUCCCAAUCAUUUUCCACCAUGUUAUUCUGCUUAAAGAUCUUUUUGUGCCUUAGAACAGUGCUGACAGGGCUGUGACAAGAAAGAAAAACACAGAGGAAAAUGUUUGGGAAUCCAGAAUCACUUUAUCUCCGUUCUCCCUGCUAUCAGCCAUGCUGUAAAUUACACCAGACACAGAAAAGCUGCUGCCGUUAGCGUGAGUUGACAGGUGGGGGAGGGGUGGGACAAAUGUCAGUUUACUACCGGAGAGCAGAGGAGAGCCCUGUAAGUAUCAGCUUCUAUAGUGUCUGUCAGCUAGAGAUAGAUAAAGGAAGGCUGCCUGUUACUGCUGCUUCUUGGGACAGUUGGAAUAUGAUAUUAAAAGAGCAGUGCGAUUUAAAGGAGUACCACAGGCACAGUAUUUUUCUUUUAAUUUUCCCAAGUUGGAUUCCCUAAUCUUCUGUAAUCAGAUUUGUAAAAGCAUAAUUUUAAUGUAUAUGUGUGUGUGUAUUCAGUGGUGUUUCUCUCCUACACUUUCAUUGUUCUCUCUCCCCUCUUUCAGUGGUCUCUCCCCUCUUUCAGUGGUCUCUCUCUUCCUCUCUCCCUCCUCUGUCUAUGUCCUCCCCCUUUCUCUCUGUCCUCCCCCUGUCACUCUUUUUACUCCACCGCUGUUGCUCUCUCCCCCCUCUGUCUCUCUCUCUCCCCCCUCUGUCUCUCUCUCCCCCCCUCUGUCUCUCUCUCCCCCCCUCUGUCUCUCUCUCCCCCCCUCUGUCUCUCUCCCCCCCCUCUGUCUCUCUCUCCCCCCUCUGUCUCUCUCUCCCCCCCUCUGUCUCUCUCUCUCCCCCCUCUGUCUCUCUCUCUCAGCCCUCUGUCUCUCUCUCUCCCCCCUCUGUCUCUCUCUCUCCCCUCUGUCUCUCUCUCUCUCUCCCCUCUGUGUCUUUCUCUCCCCUCUGUGUCUCUCCCUCCCCUCUGUUUCUCUCUCUCCCCUCUGUUUCUCUCUCUCCCCUCUGUGUGUGUGUCUCUCUCUCUCCCCUGUGUCUCUCUCUCUCCCCUCUGUGUGUCUCUCGCUCCCCUCUGUGUGUCUCUCUCUCCCCUCUGUGUCUUUCUCUCCCCUCUGUGUCUUUCUCUCUCUCCCCUCUGUCUCUCUUCCUACAUCUCUCUCUCUCCAUUCUCUCUCUCCCCCUCUUCUGCCUCUCUCUUCUGUCUCUCUCUCUUCUGUUUCUCUCUCUUCUGUCUCUCUCUUCUGUCUCUCUCUUCUGUCUCUCUCUUCUCUCUCUCUCUCUCUCUCUCUCUCUUCUGUCUCUCUCUCCUGUCUCUCUCUCUCUUCUGUCUCUCUCUCUUCUGUGUCUCUCUCUUCUGUGUCUCUCUCUUCUGUCUCUCUCUCUCUCUUCUGUCUCUCUCUCUCUCUCUUCUGUCUCUCUCUCUCUCUCUCUUCUGUCUCUCUCUCUCUCUCGUCUGUCUCUCUCUGUCUCUUCUGUCUCUCUCUCUCUCUCUCUCUUCUGUCUCUCUCUCUCUUCUGUCUCUCUCUCUCUUCUGUCUCUCUCCAUCUUCUGUCUCUCUCUCUCUCUCUCUCUAUUUUUUUUCUUGUUUUCCUCCUCUAAAAACUAGGUGCGUCUUAUGGUCAGGUGCGUCUUAUGGAGCGAAAAAUACGGUAAUCACCAUUGAGGCGCCAUAUGGAUAUAUAUGGAUGACCACCUUUAGUCAUUAAAUUAGAAUGUGUAAUAAUUAACAUUUUGUAAAUGUCAUAUUUCAGAAGACCCCAUUAGCUCCAUAGUUACACUGCUAAGUGAUGUCAUUCCAUGUCUUGCAAAUAUGUAGCCUUUAAUAUAGACAAAUGGACUGCAUAAUUUGCUGCUAAGUUUUAUACACUUUACUAUGUACAUUUUAUUUUUCUUUUCAUAUUUAACAUCAAAUGUAUAUGAAUAUAUGAUCCUAUUACCUUACAUUGAAAAAUACUAACGUUUUCGGGUGUGGGGAUACUGAUCCCAUAUUCUUUUGCUCUACUUAACCUACUAAAUACUGAUACAACCGUGAUAGGUUGCUUUUUCUUUGAUUAUCUACCCUUCUUUUCUCCUCUCCUUCUGCUCCUUUCCUCUCUCCCAUUUCCCUGAGCUAUCCAAAGCUCCCCCUCCCCUGCCAACACCUACUUCAGCUAUACUAGUGACCUCUGUUAAAGUACAUCAGACCCGCUAGGCUUGCAUACAUACCUGAGGACAGGGACUCUUGGGGAAUACUCCUGUUUUCUCACAUACCUUCUUCUGUAUUUACAGCUGAAUCUCUCCAUACAGCGCCCCUCCUCCUCUAACCCCCCCACCUCUACGACAAAAUGCCUUCACACAACGUACAUGACCUGACGAUCAUGACCCUAAACACCAAAGGGCUUAACAUUCCGGAAAAAGAUUGCAUCUAAUUAGAGAUGCCAACAGACUUCAUUGUAAUAUACUAUUCGUCCAAGAAACCCAUUUUAAGAAGGGCGGAGAGCCUACUUGGCACAACCCUAAAUUCCCAACCUCUUACUUUGCUUCAGGCUCCACUAAAAAAAAUGGGGUGGGUAUACUAAUUGACCACACUACCCCCUUCUCCCCACUACACAUAGAUAGAGACACGGAGGGAAGGUACCUAAUAAUGGUAGGCAGGCUGCAUAACAAAAUGGUCACUCUGGUCAACACAUAUUUCCCAAAUCAACAUCAAAAUAAGUUUAUGACCUCCCUUACUAACAAAAUCUUGGAACUAAAAAAAGGUGCACUGAUUAUCAGUGGAGACUUUAACUUUCCACUGGAUCCACAGCUAGACACAUCUAGAGCAACAGCAUCCAUCUAAAAAAAUAAAAAACAGUGUAAUGCCAGAUUAGAGGAACUAGCGGUCCAUGACACAUGGAGAAUACUACACCCAAUACAACGAGAUUACACUUUCUUCUCACAUCCACAAGACCUUUUCACAAGAAUAGACUACAUUUUUACAGACCAAUCUACACUAGUACUGGUUACAAAAGCACAAAUUUUGCCUAUGACAUGGUCUGACCAUGCUCCGGUUCUGUGCAAGUUGAGGUGGCCCACUAUCCCUAAUUAUCCCUUCAUCUGGAAACUCUAUGACUUUUUGCUAAGUGGCCAAAUUACCAAAACCCAGAUCGAAAAUACACUUAAGGAAUAUUUCCAACAUAAUAAUACAAGGAAUUCACCCUCACAUAUAAUAUGGGAAGCACACAAGUGUGUCCUCAGGGGAGAACUCAUCAAACAGAAGGCCCUGCUGUCAAAGCAAAAGAGGAUUAAGUACUCUGCCACAUCAUCCAAAAUACAUGACUUAGAAGUGAAACACAAAAAAACGCCCACAGACCCCUUAAUUAAAAACGAACUCCAAAAGGCACGAAUAGAAUUACAAAACCAACACCUAAUCGACCACCAAAAAACAGCACUGAGACUGCAACAAAAAUACUUUGAAUAUGGAGAUAAACCAGGCAAACUCCUAGCCAGAGCCAUCAAAAGGAAACAGCUUAAAACUCAUAUCCAUAACAUUAGAAAUAAGCACAACCACACAUGCUCAGAUAGUUCGGCAAUAGCGGAGGUGUUGCGAACAUAUUACCACAUGCUUUAUAACAUACAAAACGCAGGGGACAUUCGAGGAGACAGGGACGGAAGCCACAUAAGCAUAGAAACCGACAAAUACCUAGACUCACUUACAUUCCCUUCACUAACACAAGAGGAGACAGAUGAGUUAGAGAAACCUAUUACAGCAGAAGAGGUGGCACACACUGUGGACGCACUGCCUGCAGGCAAAAGUCCGGGCCCCGACGGCUUCAGCGCUAAAUAUUACAAGACCUUUAAGCACAUACCAUCACCUCACUUAGCAUCUUUAUUUAAUACGAUAGAUGACACUCAGGGGUUCCCAUCUUCUAUGUUACUGGCUCAUAUCACCACUAUCCCAAAGCUUGGCAAACCGCCUAACCACCCAGAAAAUGUCAGGCCGAUAUCAUUAUUGAACAUUGAUCUAAAAAUGUAUGCCAAAAUUUUCUCGAAUAGAUUAAAUAAAUUCUUGCCAAAAUUGAUAUCCCUUGACCAGGUAGGUUUUGUCCCUGGACGAGAAGCCAGGGAUAAUACUAUCAAAGUCACCCUCCUUGCAAAUUAUGUACAGAAUAAUAACAUACCAACCGUCUUUAUAUCUACGGACGCAGAAAAGGCCUUCGACAUUGUCAGCUGGUGAAUCUGGGCCAGAAUUUCAUAAACAAGGUCUUUUCCCUGUACUCCACUCCUUCUGCACAGGUUAAAACUAAUGGCAUCCUGUCAGACUCUUUCCCUAUCAACAACGGCACCAGACAAGGGUGCCCAUUAUCACCAAUUAUUGUUCGCACUGACAAUAGAAGUACUGGCCCAAAAAAUUAGAGAUAAUGGGAAGAUAACAGGGAUUACCAUUGACAAUCAGGAACACAAGCUGUGUCUAUACGCAGAUGACGUAUUAUUGACUAUCACAAAUCCCCUGACCUCACUACCAGAGAUUCUUCGCGAAUUUGAAGAAUAUGGCAAGGUGUCAAAUUUCCACUUGAAUCAAUCCAAGUCGGAAAUUUUGAAUAUAAACCUCUCACAGGAGGAAUUAUCCCAACUAGCCGGUAAAAGUAACUUAAGGGUCCAAACUCGCUCACUUCGGUACUUAGGGGUGAAUCUCACACCAACUGCAGAAACCCUCUUUGAGGCUAACUAUUAAAUCUCUGUUCUCCACAAUAUCAUGUGACCUCUCAUCAUGGAAAAAUAAAAAAAUUUCAUGGUUGGGAAGAAUAGGUAUCAUUAAAAUUAAUAUCCUCCCUAGAAUUUUAUACUACCUACAAACCAUUCCGAUCCCUUUCCCGACACAUUUUCUACAGAAAUUACAGCGUAUAACAGAGGAAAACAUAUGGGGCGGCAUGAAACUUAGAGUGGCGAGGGGCACACUUUAUCUUGCAAAGGAUGGAGGUGGUCUUGGAGUUCCCAAACUAUACACAUAUAAGAAAACUAUAAAUCGUCAGCACCGGAUAGAGUGGAGCAAUAAUUCAAAAGGGAAGACAUGGGUACAGAUAGGACGCACAAUUUUGAGGGUACAAAAUAUAGGAUCUCUGGGAUCGGUCUCUCCUAGAAAUUGGCCUAAGCUCAUUGAAAUGUACCCCUUCUUCAAAGAGUUCUUUGCACAGUGGGACAAGACAUUAAUAGAACACCCUCAUGUUUCAUCGAACCCUUCUCCUCUGACCCCUUUUGUACAUAACCCAGAUAUACUUUUCACAAGUGUGCAUCAAGUGCAACUAGACGAAACACAGCUGACACAAACAGCGUUUUACAGACUAUUCCUAAAACAACAAACUUAAAAAAAAAAAUAACAUAGAACGCAAUGGACUAAAAAUCCCCUGGUUCUUUCAUACACAACUGCAACACUACCUACAAACACACAAAAAGCAGGGACAACUCACUAGGCAACCCACAUUGUUGGAAACAUUUUGCCUCUCACCAAGCACACCGGGCCAUCUCAUCUCCAUACUUUACCGCCUGUUAACAUCACAUAAGGAGGCCCCAUUACCAAACUUUACCAGACAAUGGAAUAGAUAAAUGGGGGCUCCCCUCACAACGGCAGAAUGGGGGAAAAUAUUCCAUAUCCAUACUAAGGCCUCAGUCUCAGCCAGACUCCUUGAGUCUAAUUAUAAAUUCCUCUCCCGCUGGUAUCUCACUCCAGAUAAAAUCAAGAAAGUAUAUAAACACACGGACGGGAAAUGCUGGAGGGGAUGUGGGGAACAGGGAACACUUUCACAUAUUUGGUGGAACUGCAGCCUACUCGAUAAAUACUGGCAGGACGUUCUAGAUAUUGUAGACUCUAAACUAAAGAUAACAAUAGACAAAAGACCAAGCCUUUUACUUUUCCAUAACCUCCCCAAACUUUUGGACAAACCAAAAAAACAUCUUUUGUAUAUAAUGCUCAAUAGUGCAAAAUCACUGAUAGCCAGGCAUUGGAAAUCAAUAAAGGUCCCAAAGCCCAAUGACUUUUAAACCCAAGUUGACAGACACCUGCAACUAGAAAGGUAUAGAUAUCUUAGAGAUGAUAAAGCUGAGAUACAUGAAUACAUGAAGGAAAUAUGGGGCUCUCAGCUCUCUUAGACGACUAAAUACCUCAGCAUGAUUGCGGGUCCAAGGAACAACAGAAAUAUAGCCUAGAUAGUAGGAUUACCCCAUCCCCCAACCUCCCCUUUCUCCAACUUGCCCUCUUCCCUUCAACCACCCCCCCUUCUUUCUCUUCUUUUUCUUCUUUCUUUUCCUCUCCAUUUUUGGUGUCACUCACCAUUUUGGGCCAAAACCUGGCACAAGUCGGGACAGGAUUAAACCAUUUGGUGUGCGUUAUAACACCUUACUAAUCUUUGUUUUUGCAAUUGGGUUUGUUAAGAUCAAUGCAUGUAUGUGAGAGCCCUUGGGAGAAUAACUAUGUGGAGACCAGGUUUAUUAUUAUAAGCACAGAGACAAUAAGUUCCACAUAAGAACCUUGAGAGUACGCUGGAAUUACCCUCUGCUACAUUUAGAGACAUUUAAGCUAUACAGACAUGGAACACCAGGAAGGUCAUUAAGUAAGCUCGAUGAAGAAUACUCUCUUACCACUCAUAUUGGUUAUUGUAUGCAGAGCCCCCAGGGACUCACUUGUUGGUUUCUGUUAUUUGUAUUUUAUGUUGUAUUGUUCUUUCAGGCAACAAAUAAAGCUUUUGAAAACUUAAAAAAAAAAAAAAUACAAAGUGAAGACUAUGACAUUCUAUUUACCCUUGAUGUAGUUAGUCUAGACACAGCAAUCCCCCAUGAAGCAGGCAUAUCCUCAGUAAUAUGCCUCGAUUUAUCAAAGUCUGAUGAAACUGAUCCGACAGUGUGGAUCAGGUCUGCCAGACCUCGCUGAAUACAGAGAGCAAUACGCUCUCCGCCUUUAACAUUGCACCAGCAGCUCACAAGAGCUGUUGGUGCAACGCUGCCCCCUGCAGACUCGCGGCCAAUGGACCGCCAGCAGGGUGUGUCAAUCAACCCAAUUGUACUCGAUCGGGUUGAAUUCCGUUGAUGUCUGUCCGCCUGCUCAGAGCAGGUGGACAGGGUUAUGGAGCAGCAGUCUUUAGACCGCUGCUUCAUAACUGGUGUUUCUGGCGAGUCUGAAGACUCGCCAGAAACACGGGCCGUCAAUCUCCUUUCAGAGUUUGAUAGAUAGGCCCCAUAAAAUUGAUAAAACAAGAGACACAUUUCUCUAUGCCCAAAUGACAAUUUAUUGAGGACCUUUUAAAUAUAGUACUGUAUCUGAACUACUUUCUUUCCAUUACACUUUUUACCUCCAAAAAAGUAACGACCAUGGGCUCUAUUGUGGCCCCUUCAUAGGCCAAUAUUUUCGUCAGCCAAUUUGAAAAAAGAUAUGUAUAUACUAACAUGACCCUCCAAUCAAGUUGCAAGCUUUGGCUUCGUUUUAUAGAUGACGUAUUUGGUGUGUGGUUGGGGGGCACAUUAACCACAUUGCAGGAAUUUGUGGAUGAAUUAAAUAGAAGUACAGACAGUCUGAGAUUCACUUUGAAUCACUCAGAACCAAGCAUACGUUAUUUGGAUACAGUAGUAUACAAAAAAGACUGCAUACUAACUACUGACCUAUAUAAUAAACCCACUGAUCGUAAUACACUUUUACAUUAUGACAGUUACCACCCUAAACAAGUUUUUAACUCCCCAAGUGUUCGUUAGAACAUUGAGAAAAGUGAAGGAUAAAAACCUUCAACCAAUAAGACUAGAACAGAUGGCCGCCAAGUUUAAACAAAGGGGAUAUCCCAAAUCUUUAAUAACAAACUGCAAACAAGAUGUGCUAACUGAGGGGGGAGAAUGCAAUACAGUAACAAGGUGUAAUAUAUCAUAUUAUAUUAUGUUUAGUGAAAGAAUAUCUGGCAUCAUCAAGAAACACUGGUAUUUGCUAAGAAAAUAUAAUUCUAACAUGAAUGAAUUCUAUUAUCCCCUAUUCACUCAUAUAAGAGAGUGAAAAACCUUAGGGACAUGCUGAUAAAGGCAGAUAUGGGAACAAUGAGGGAAGAAAAAAUAAAUUAUUUAUCUACCCCCAAUAAGGGAUCAUAUCCUUGCCUCCACUAUGCACAAUGUGAUUCAAUGAUAAAGGGUAAAUAUGUAGCACAAGUGAAUGAUAGAAAAAGAAGAGAGAUAAAUGGUUUUUACACAGGUGACACUGAUCAUAUGGUGUACUUACUGAAAUGCCCAUGUGGGCGGGGCUAUGUGGGCAAGACCAUACACCCCAUUAAAGAUAGAAUCAGUGCCCACAAAUCUUUUAUUAGGUGCGGGGAUAGGACCCUCCCAGUCUCUGCCCAUUUUAUUGAGGCAGGGCCCACAGUCAGCCAGCUUAGGUUCCAGAUUAUAGAUCACAUCCCAAAACUAAUAAGGGGUGGGGAUAGUGAAUUGUUACUGAAAAGGAGAGAAGUUUGGUGGACACACAAUUUUAAAACUCUACAUGCUAUAGGAUUAAAUAAGGAUUAUGACCUACAUUUGUUUUUAUAAUUUUCAAACAUACAUAUAUAUAUGUAUUUUUAAUUGUCCGUGAAUUUUUUUUUUAAUAGAUACAUUUAUUGUUCCCAUAAUCUGACUAUCAAUCUAUCAGUAGCCUAAUUUAAAUAACAAAAAAGUGAAAGGAAAAAAGUAUGUUUAAAAUUAAAAAUUGUAUUACAUCUCCACUAGAUGGCAAUAGUUAAAGGGACAUAAAACCCAAUUUUUUUUCUUUCAUGAUUUAGAUAGAACAUCAAAUUUUAAACAACUUUCGGAUUUACUUCUGUUAUCAUAUUUUCUUUAUUUUCUUGUUAUCCUUAUUUGAAAAGCAGAAAUGUAAGCUUAAGAGUGUGCACGUAUCUGCAUCACUAUAUAGCAUCAGUUUUGCAAUAACAUUAGCUGGAACACUAGAUGGCAGCACUAUUUCCUGUCAUGUAGGUCUUCAGGCAUGUGCACGCUACCUACCUAGGUAUCAAUUCAACAAAGAAUAACAUGAUAAUAGAAGUAAAUUGGAAACGUUUUAAAAAUUAUAUUCUCUAUCUGAAUCAUGAAAUAAUUUGUUUGGAUUUAAUGUCCCUUUAAUGUGAAAAGUAUAUGUUACAAGGAGUGAACAGGUUAAAUAAUAAAUUACCAAACAGGGGCUAUAUAUGUUAGUGUUCUAUAGCAUGACUAAGGGUCAGAUAGACCCGAAACAUUGCUGCUUUCUGUCUGCAUGUCACUUUGAAUAAAGACUACACUUUGAUGAA